AAGAAGAAGAAGAAAACUUCAUAGCGUAGAAGAAGAACACGGAGGCCAACUGGAAAUUUAACGAGCAAAAGAAAUAACGCCAAUAUUUGGAAGUAUUAUCCAACUAUGAGGUUGUGAACUCAUCCGUGUUUGGGACACAAUGCAGCACAGUAGCAAUAUAAUUAAGUAGAGUAUCAUGGUGAGAUACUCUGACACUGUCAUACUACCUGACAGAUGCUAACAGACAUGCCGUGGUGCCUAAACACAAAGUGGACAUAUCAUUUGUAACCAUCACACAGUGGAAGCCAAACUGCAUUUUUAUAUCAAAGAGUAGUUUCUUGUUAAACAGACUCUAAACGAGCUAUUGGUCAUCAUGGUAGAUAACCGCUAUGCCACAGCUCUUGUCAUUGGCUCAGUGCUUAGUCUGCUGGCCACAGUCUACCUCUCUGUGGCUGUGGGAACUCAGCACUGGUACCAGUACAGCUGCUCACCAGUUAAAAAUGAGGGGAGCAACGCCACUGAGCUCAGAGACGACUUCAUCAAUGGAGAGUUCAAUGAGAAGACCUUCAGCCAGACCAUGUUCCGUCUGAACGGCACCCUGGGACUGUGGUGGAGGUGCAUACAGGUGCCCAGCGAGAGCCGGUCAUACUGGUUCAAAGAGCCAGAUCCAAAGAUGGAGACGCAGUGUGUGAGCUUCACUCUUCCUCAGCAGUUUAGUCCAAAGUACAAAUAUUCUGGAAACAUCAAUGGCGAAGAAGAUCUGCUCAGAACAUACUUGUGGAGGUGCCAGUUUCUCCUGCCCUUGGUGUCUCUGGCUUUGGUGUUCCUCGGUGGCCUUGUUGGGGUCUGUGCCUGCCUGUGCCGCAGCUUCACCCCCACCUUGGGCGUGGGAGUGCUCCAUCUACUUGCAGGUCUUUGCACUCUGGGAACCGUCUGCUGUUUCCUGGCCGGGGUGGAUUUGCUUAAACAGUACUCCCCACCACCAGAAGGGUUGGAGGGCUCGCUGGGCUGGUCCCUCUACCUCGCCCUCAUCUCCUUCCCUCUGCAGAUGAUGGCAGCUGCUUUGUUCCUGUGGGCGGCCAGGAGUCACCGCAAAAACUACACCCGUAUGACUGCUUACAGGGUAGCUUAAAGAGAGACUACCACAACAACAACUUACCUUAAAACAGCCUACUUGUCUCUGCAUUUUCUAAAAAAAAUGGUUUCUAGUUAGAAAAGGACUGUACUAAAACAACAACACUAUCACAAACCUUGGCAGGAAUACACCGAUUUGCAGCUAAUCAUCAUAAGUGCUCAUAAAAAGGAGUGAUAUACCUCUGAGUUGUUAUAUCACCUUUGUUUUCAAGCAUCUUUAACUUGUAUCUUAUCGAAAGCAUGUUCUUUGAUGUUUUUUUAACACCCAGAUGUUGUGGAUCAUUUGUUAUUUCUGAUGUUAACUGUUGGUGUGCCGUACUUUAAUGCCUUUUUUUCAGUUGCCAUUGUUUCUAAAGCUGCUUCACCACAUUGCCCUUAAAUCAUUUAGUUUAUAGAUUACAAACUUGCACACAAAUUUCAGACUUGCAGUUAUCAAAGACAGGGUAACCUUCUCUAUUAAUGCAUGGAUAAUAUUAUGAAAGCCUUUAUUUGUCUUUGUUUUUUUAAUGUUUAUUUGUGCUAUUUUGUUUGCCUAAUACUAAAUAUCAAGCAUUUUCUGUGCAUGCCUUUUAAGAUGACAUUUCUGUCAUCUGUGUUAAUUGUUGAUUUGAGUCUGUGGUAUGUGUUGACUCAGUGUCAAUCACUAAAACUGAAACCACUCAUCUCCCAUUAUCACCUGUGUUUAUAGAUUCGAUGAUAGAUUGAUUCGAUGCCACUUGAGCACACCUGUGACCUCUAUGUAACAUUUAUUUUCUAAUGUUUCAUCCCCACGUUAUACAACUGCCAUUUUAAAUUUGUUGUAGCGACGUUUCACUAUUUUAAGUUGCUUUAGAGCUCAGUUUCAUCAGUUGUUAACUGACUGGUUUGCCAGCAAAAUAUCAGUUCUUACAUUAGUUGUAGCCUUUCAAAUGUUUGUUGGUGAUACUCUAAAAUGGAAGGGAUUGGUAUACUGAGUAACAAUUGAAUUUGCAAACUCGUAUUUUCUAAGUGAAAACCUCAUGAAUCUGUUAUGUCUUAACACUUUGUGUGGAAAGGUAAUGAAUUUGUUAAAUUUUUGUGUGUCAAAUUCCAAAAUAACUAAUUUGUUAGCACCAGAAUACAAAUUGUGAUGUUUUUGUGUCACAAUGUUUUGUUACCUGUCUGAUGUGUUCACACUCUGGCUUUUUGUAAAUGUUUUUAUGUAUUCUGAAGCACACUGUCCUCAUUUCUGUAUUGAUAAAUUUGGCAUUUGCUCACUUCUGA